ACAGAGAGAGGGAGGAGAAGUGGAGUAUCUUUAAUGCUGUUAGGAAAUGUGAUCAGUGUGAGGAGAUGCUGAAGAUGUAUUUAAAGUACAAAACUACUGACAUCACACAGAGUAACACUCCACCUGCUGUUCAUAUUUUUGCAAAGAAAUCUGUUAAAGACUCAGGAAAGCUGAUCCUGACCUGCAUGGCCACGGGAUUCUACCCCAAAGACGUGAAGAUGAGUCUGAGGAAGAUCAGCACUUCAUUUCCUGAUCAUCUGAUCACAUCUUCUGGAGUCAGACCCAAUCACAAUAGAACCUACCAGCUGAGGAAGAGUGUGAAGAUACAGGAAGAUGAGAAAGACCAGUACCACUGUUACGUGACUCACAGCUCCCUCAUAGAACCAAAAGAAGCCCUGUGA